UCUCUCCUUCCACCAAGUGCACAACUCCAAAAGUUAACUCUUUCUCUCUCUCAACUUGGAAUAUCGGUGUGAAUCCUUGGUCUGAACUUGAAGUUGCACCCACAUCCCAACUCUCUCUCUCGGGACUUGAUGAAAGAGCGAGCGAUGAUGGAGAACGUCGACAAGUCCGCAUCAUUGAUGUUCUCCGAUCACGGCUUGUCCGAUUUCGUCAUCUCCGAGGCCGAGAAGAACACGAUGGCGAGCUCGCUGGGCUUCAUGGAGCUUCUGGGGUUCCACCAAGACUCGAGCCCUUCGCUGCUCGACGUGCUGCUCCAGCCCCCGGCGAGUAAUGCAAUGGACUCGUCGUCGGAGGUCGUGAACCCGCCGGCGACGCCCAACUCCUCCUCGAUAUCCUCCGCGUCCAACGACGGGCUGAACAACAACGACGACGAGCAGCAGGUCAAAGCCACGGUUGACGAUGAGGGAGUAGAGAAACAAGAGCAAGAAGAGGACCAGAAGACUAAGAAGCGGUUGAAGGCGAAGAAGACGAACGAGAAGAGACAGAGGCAACCCAGAGUCGCGUUCAUGACGAAAAGCGAGGUUGAUCAUCUGGAAGAUGGCUACCGAUGGCGAAAGUACGGCCAAAAAGCUGUCAAGAACAGCCCCUUUCCUAGGAGUUACUAUCGUUGCACUACUGCCUCAUGCAAUGUGAAGAAGCGAGUCGAGCGGUCGGUGAGCGACCCCAGCAUCGUGGUGACCACCUACGAGGGCCAGCACAACCAUCUGAGCCCGGUCAUGCCCCGGUCGAUCCUUUCCGGAGUAGUCCCCCCUCCUCCCGCUGGAGCCGCUGCCGCCUUCUCCGCUCCUGCUAUGCCUGGACCAAGUUCAACCCAACAUCAUGCUCAUCGCUAUCAACAACACUCCUAUGCCAACAACUGGUCAAUGAGCAGCAACAGUGCGGUGGUUCCAAGCUCAGGGUCAAUAAAUGCAGCUGUAUUCUUGAACAAGAUGCGUUUCUGCGGUCCGGGCCCGUCUCAUUUUCUUGCGGACCACGGGCUUCUUCAGGACAUGGUCCCUUCUCAUGUCCUCAAGGAGGAAGAGUAGUAAAAGAUAAUGACAUAUUGACGAGUGCAUACUAGUUUUUUCUUUUCUUCACUGAUGAAUGACUGAAAGGAGAGAGAGAGAGAGGGGGGGAAGCGCAGGUGAUGGACUUUCCAUUGAUCGCUUACUGUUGUUCAUGACAUGUAUUGUAAUGUUGCUCAUGCAGAGAGAGUAAAAUUAGGCACUAAUUCUGUGAUGUGAAGAAGUUCAUGAUCUUUUUGUUCUU